AUGUUCCGUGCCUCUAUUGUUAAAGCGGCCUUGGAAUCCAAACUGAACACCUUGCAGUGCCACUUCACCUGGGAUCUAGAACUUUCCAAGUUGAAACUGAACUAUCUCAGGGAUGUACUGGAGGACAUCGGCACAGAUGAAGGAAACGUCUGGCUGGGUCACAUCUACAACCUGCAGGGGUUCAUAGAGUACCAGCUGGACUCCUCUGAAGAGGCCCUGAAGUUCUUCAGACGAGCCACUGAGACCUUCCAGCGUCUUAAAAACUCUGAUGAAGGUCCCUGGUUAAUGGUGAACUUUGGGAAUCUGGCUUGGCUGCACCACCGUAUGGGUGAGGAUGAGAAGAGUCAGGAUUACCUGUCAAAAGUUGAAGCUCUGAUGAGAGAAUACCCAGCUCCACCUGAAGAAGACCUCCACCCAGAGGUCUGUGCGGAGAAGGCCUGGACCCUGAUGAAGCUUGACCAAGAGAAGAAGCUGGAGGCUGCAGAGCUAAUCCAGAGAGCCGUGAAGAUGCAGCCAGAUAACGUGGAAUGGCAGAGCAGCUGGGUCAUAUUAUUGGCAGAUCCCUUCCUAGACAACAUGGAAGACAUGCCUCCCUAUGUCUUGGAAAAAGUGAGAUCUGCCACUGAACAAGAUCCAGACAACUUAUAUGUUGCUGCUCUUUACCUGAGGGCACGAGCUGCAAAAGGAGAACAAAUUCAGGAUGAAGCUAAAAGAUUGGCGGAAAGGAUCCUAGAAAGUUCUCCAAGCAGUUACAAUGGCAUCAGCCACUUAAGGCGACUGUAUGUUGACUAUAUGUCUACGGAUGAAGGUAUCAAGUUAGCUGAUGAGGCCCUUAGAAGAUAUCCUGACUGGCCUCAUGCAAAGGGAUUGGCUGCCAUCUGCUACAGGAAUAAAGUCCUUUCCCCAGACUUCAAACCCAGUAGUCAAAGCGGCAUCGUCACACGAGCCAUUAGUCUCUGGGAGGAGAAGAUUGAUCUCUAUGGUGAAUCUAAUCUUAGAGAUCAAAUAACUCUAGCUAAUUUAUAUGCAAUGAUGGAUAAAGAGAAAGCUGAACAGAUUUAUAGAGAGAUGCUGAAUAGAAAUAACCUGGAUUUAGCAGAGGAACAGAUGCUUUACAACUGUCAUGCUAAAUAUUUAUUCUACAAUAGAAAGGAUAAUUACAGGUCUAUUGAGUACCACAUGAUGGCGGCAAAGAUUCCAUGGGAAUCAGAGUAUCGACAAACAAGCAUCAAGGAGCUGGAGAAGACCUUGAAAAGAAGCAAAGACCCUAAAAUGUGUGAAAAAAUCUGGGAGAUUCUGACUAACCUGAAAGACUGA